CCCGCCCCGUCGCCUUCUACCCGCCGCGGGGCCGCGCCGCUGGAGAGCGGUUGCCGGUGCGGGGUUGAGCGGAGCGGGGUCUUGGCAGCGGCUGGGACGCGUGUGCCCGCGGGUCAUGGACGGACGGGCGGUGCUGAUCCACGCACUGCUGGCGGCAGUGUGUGCGGCGGCGGCGGGCGGGCUGGAUCGGGACGAGCUGCACAACGAGGUCCUGCACAAGGGCGGCGGCGGGGCGCCGGUCCCGGCCACGGCCCCGCUGCUCGGCGGCAGCCAGGAGAAGGAGAGCGGCGGAGCGGCGUCGGGGGACGACCUCAGCGAGCUGCCGAGAGUUGCUUUCCUGUCAAAGCCUCAAGGCUUGGUUACUCCCAAGAAGAAAGGGAACGGGAAUAAAAGAAGAAAAGGCAAAGGCCUGGGGAAGAAGAGAGACCCGUGCCUGCGGAAGUACAAGGAUUUCUGUAUUCACGGCGAAUGCAAAUACAUCCGAGAGCUGGGAGCUCCCUCCUGCAUAUGCCAGCCAGGAUAUCAUGGAGAGAGAUGCCACGGUCUCUCCCUGCCUGUGGAGCAUCCCCCCAGCGCAUACGACCAUACCACGGCACUGGCUGUCGUUGCUGUCAUCCUGUCCUCCCUGUGUCUCAUCAUCAUCGCAGCCCUGCUGAUGCUCAGGUGUCACAAGAGGGGUGUCUACGAUGUAGAAAAUGAAGAGAAAAUCAAGCUGGGCAUCACUGUGAAUCACUGAAGAUGCCGAGUGCUGGUGAGGGCUUGGCACUAGCACACUUCUACCUCCUGGAAGAGGCGAGAGCCGUGGAGCCAGCACUGUCUCUGGGAGCCCACAGUGGCAGGAACUUGCUGGAGCAGGAGGACAGAACCAGCCUGGCGCUGGUCGGGCAGCGGCAUCACUGCAGGGAACUUCAUGGCCAUCUCCGGGAUGGAGGAGCCUCAGAAGAGGCUCUUCAACAGCUCUCUGUCCACUGCGGUGCAUGCCGAGGAACAAACUGUGAUAGGCGAGGAGACCGGGCUCGGGGCUUUCUUAGGCGCAGGAGGGGUGGGAGGGUAACAGCUAUUUAACAAGAUAUUUUUCAUUUUAAAUUAUAUAUUUAUUUUAGAUAAACUGUACAUAGUAUUUAUAUUUAUUGCAGGUCUGGCUCUGCAUCCUUCACGUUAAGUCAAGAUGACAGGGUCAGACCUCCCUUAUUUUUUAAGUGCAAUGUCAUAUUCUAAUAAAUAACACUUUGUUACAAA